AAUCCUUAAAAGAACUUGCUGAGCUUUCAGCUAUACGCAAUACAAAAAUACCCAUUUGCACCAACAGAAUCCCAUCAGUUGCCAACCAUACAAAAAUACCCAUUCACUCCAGCAGAAUUCUAUCAGUCGAAGAAACUCAAUUAAGCAAGAAAAGCCACAAUCAUCUAUUUGUCAUUCAAGGCACAGAUGAAAUUUAUUUAGUGCACUUGCCAUUAUUUCAAUUAGAAACCCAUCGUUAUCAAGUCAUUAUCAAGGUUGAAAUACCGAAAAAAAUAAUGGAAUUGUAUAAGGACCUUCGUAAAAAAAAUCCUUUAAAAGUAUUAUUGCUUUGUUACCAAGAAAAUGCUACAAUCGACCAAAUUGCAAUCGAAGGAAGUUCUUUCAAGGCUCAUAUUAUAGAAAAUUUUGAUCUUUACACAGUGUUAAAAGAGCGUCCUAAAAUGUCUUCAAUAAAAAAUUUUAAGGUGAAAACCACUAAAUUACUCAAGAAACGCAACUUGGGAUUAUCCUACCAAGAUAAAGACUAUCCGAUAGAUCGUAUUCCAUUUUAUCUUUAUGGAACUGAAAAUCAAUUACAUAUUGACCAUAUACUCCUUAAAUCUCCUUCUAUUCAACUUUCAGCUGAGAAUGUUCAAAUUAAGUUCACAUCAGGAAAACUUAAAUGCGAACAGAAAGAAAGAGGUGUUAUUGUUCACAUGAUUGCAAAAGAAGAGAUGGAUGAUUCCAUUAUUGAUUUAUGUGAAGUUGCUAUGCAACCGUUCCCAGACACAAAAUACCUUGGAAAUUCAUUCUUCUUCAAAACCAAUAGCCAAUUUCAUAUAGAACUAUACGAAGACCCGGCAUUUGAACCAACUUUAAAUGGGCCAGGUUUAGAUAAUGUUAAUCAUAUAACACCAUUUGCUACAGGGAAACUUAUAUUGCCUUCUAUGAGUAAAGGGGGCUUGUAUAUCGAUUCUCACUUAAUUAAUGCAGAUCCGAUAAUAGAAAUCUCAAAAAAUAAAAUAGUUAAAUGUACUAUUCCAUCUGAGCCCUGGAAGAAAAAUAGGAAAUGUAAAAGCAAUAAUGUCAAAACUCUCUAUCCACGCGAAGCUUCUAGUCUG